AGAAAGCUGAAGCUGUCUUUUUGAAGUUCAGUUAUGGCUCAUGACGUAUAUUUGUACUCUACAGACUGGGUAACCUAUCAUUGUAGGUUACUUUUGUCUAGGAAAUGGAAAAGUUUACAUUACAGCAACGGUUGUUUUUAUAUGACUCUUAUGUGAGGUAUAACUCCGCUAGGAAGAGUCAAAGGAAAUUUGGAAGAAAGUUUCCCGGAGUGCGAAUUCCGACCAGAUACGCUAUUCAUUAUCUUGUCAAUAAAGUAAGAAAAACAGGUGUCUUACGAGACAGUAAACCAAAACGGCGACGAAGAGUAUUAACAGAAGAAAAGUUGGAUGAAAUCGGAGCUCUGUUUGAACAGUCAGCUCGUAAGUCCCUUAAACGUAUUGCGCAGGAACGGUUAGAACUGCUAGAGAAUUAUUGCAAGUACGGCCUUAUGAAACAACAGAAGGCAGGUGGCAUAUGGAACAGCAAAAUGAAAACUCAGGGCAAUGUGGUUCAUGUAGAGGGUGACAGAGAGGAGAAUUCUGUUAAGCAAGAAUCCGGAGAUCAUGUUGAGAAUACGAAAAAAGCAGCCUCAAAAGAAUGUAGACAGAAUUUUGAGUAUGCAGAUGUUACACCAAGUAAGACAGAAACUGACUGUAAAACUAAAGAAGAACAUAUAGAAUAUUUUGAGAAAUUUGGCUUUGGUAGGAUUAAAGAAGAAGUAGAAGAUGAAGUUUCUGUACAAACAAAUGAAAUGUGUUUUGGAGUUAUGGAAGGUACUAGUUUACAUAACGAUUUGUCAGUAAAACAAGUGGAUACACUGCGAGACUCCAGUGGCAUUCCCAUCAGUGGCAGUGAUGAUAACAAGACAUAUUUUUGCAAAUAUGCUGGACUUCACAGUGUUUUACAAGAAAGAGAUAGUCCGGGCCUAGACUUUAAUUUUUCAAAAAUAGACAUUCAAAUUAGCCAGAAAAGUAAAAAUAAAUGCAUGGAACUUGAUAAAAAGACUUAUGAAUGGCUACAUAAGAGGGAAGAAGCACAACGAAGAAAACGUAAUGAGGAUAAAGCAAGGAAGUUGCAGAAAAAGAGAGAUUCUGAAAGAAGCAGAUACAGUCAAAUGACAGGUGAGGAAAGAGCAAGGGUGCUGCAGAAGAAGAGGGAUGCUAAAAGAAACAGAUAUAGUCAAAUGGCAUGGGAGGAGAAAGUAAGGAUUCUACAGAAAAAUAGAGAUGCUAAAAGAAACAGGUAUAGUCUGAUGUCAGGUGAUGAUAAAGCAAGAAUUCUACAGAAGAAGAGAGAUGCUAAAAGAAACAGGUAUAGUCAGAUGUCAGGUGACGAGAAAGCGAGGAUACUGCAGAAGAAUAGAGAUGCUAAAAGACACAAAUACAGCCAAAUGACAUUUGAGGAGAAAGCAAUGAUGCUACAGAAGAAAAAAGAAACACGUCAUAUGAGACAGAGACAGAUGGAAAGUACAGAAGAAAAAAGCUUCAUAUCAUGUAGUACCUAGUCAAAUGCAAGGCGAGGAGGAAACAGAUGUCAAAAGAAAUGAGGGAAACACAGCAAAACAGACUUAGUCAAAUGGAGACAAAGAAGAAGCAAAGACACUAGAAAGUAAUAUAAUUGUUGUUACGUUAAUAUAACAUUACAUCCUGUUGUGUAGUGUCAAUGCCAAAGGAAUGAAAAAGAAUUAUAUGAUUAUGAUAUGGUGAAAGUCGCCGUCGGUGGAUUAGUGGUUAGCAUGCUCACCA